CCCUUAACACCGUAGGUAUCGCAGAAACUUUCAUUCAUAACAAGCAGAACAGUAGUCACGACAGAGAUCGCUUGGUGGACAAACGCGCGAUAAAUUCCGCCAUGGCUUAUUUUCGUAUUAUACAAUAAUAAACUGAAUAAAAAUGUGGGUAGACGUCAGUGCGCGCGAAAAACAAAAUUACAUGACGCAAACAAACGGAUCAUUUAUACCCGGGUACACCGGCCACUGUCCCAUGCUAAAGUUUCGCUUCGGAAAAUGCUACGGAGACAACACGAGGCAAAUACUUCGAGAAAUACGCUCUAAGGGACUUUUCAACAAGCCAUUGGAGUACCGUCCCCGGGAUAACUACGAGCUGAACAACCUCCCGCGAUUCGAAGAACCACAGCGGGACAUUUACGACGGCAUCAGGAACAAGCCACCAGCACACAUGACGGGGUACACUGGUUAUGUUCCCGGGAUGAAUUUUAGUUACGGGAAAUCAUAUGGACGGACAGCUGAUGACUGCAUGGCGAACUUCACAGAGAGACAAAGGGAAUUAAGACGUAAAGCAGAUUUAAAUAGAAGCUAUAUUCGAUCAAGAAGCGCACCCAAGAUGGAAACAGUACAUUCCAGAGAUGAGAUUCGACGAGACUUGAACAGAUUUAGAGAGAUUAAUAAGUAUAAAGAAAACACGAUAUCACCGGAAUUCCCACCAAUAGCGGGUUACACGGGCCACAUUCCACGAAUUAAGGGCUCCGAAGCUUCUCUCAGUCAACGAUACCACUGCGCAGCAAAACGUGGUUUGGAACUCAUCAAAAUGGAAAGAGAGAAUCGCAAAGAGUUACAAAAUGCUGAUACAAAUAUCAAAGCAAUUCUGAAAGAGAAUGGAAAGAAGUAUUCUUAUUGGAACUGGGGAUAGCAUACAGGCAGAAGGAUGUUUUUCACCAAGAGACGGUGAACAUUCUUCUAUAAAAUGGAACGAACAGUAUUCACUUAGAAGAAUUAAAACGGAUUCGAGUCAGUAUACUAGAUUUGUACGUCAUUCAAGUCAUUGUCCAUAGGCCUAUUUUUAGUGAAUAAAUGGAGAAAUUAUAUUUUAAUAAGAAUGUGAAGAAAUCAAACAUUAACUAAGCAUCAGUAUUGCAAAUAUGUCUUUGAAUAGUUAUCUGAACAGCAAUUUACAUCAGUAACAUGAUGUUGAUAAUGAAAGGGUCCAUAUUGAUCUUGUAUUAUUUUCAUACCAUCUGUGUACAUUAUAUGGAAUGCAAUAAAGUAUUGAGUAUUGAGAUAUCUGGCAUUAGAUCAUCACUUGCCUUCCUCAUUAGAUAGAGAUGCAGAUAAUUAACAGAUGCGAGAGUAAUCAUUAUUAAAUCGUUUCCGUCCACUGCUGGACUUAGAAUAGAAGAUAUGUUUAGCUCUUCAAGUCAUUGGACGUUUUAGACCAUUCUAUUACAAGGAUUUCGAAUGGUAUGGCUGUGUGUGUCUUUUUUUAAAUGCACUCGCAUUAUCAUGUAGUGAGUGCUAUCAACAUUUUAAACUGUUUCUUUUAAAGUAAGCGUCCACAGGCCCGCAUCGUACGCAACGGAUUUUAGUUUGCCUUGUAUAGAAACUCAUAUAACUGCGUCCACUGAUCCGCAUCGUACGGACAACAUCGAAAAUGCCUAUAUGCGAUGCGUACCGAUGACGUCAUACGGAAUGCCGAUGGCAAAAAUCCGAGUGAAAGUGACAUCGGUAAUCCGAUUGCUCCAAUACUCGCGUCGGCAAUCCGAACGCUGCCGAACAGUGGACGCAGUCAAUCCGUUUGAUGCGAUCCGUCCGAUGCGUGCGAUGCGGGCCUGUAGAUGCUUACUAUUAAUCACAAUGCUGAAUGAGGAUUCCUGAGAAAAUGUGAUAUGUUUAAGAAAUCAACAUUUUAAAGUCAUUGUCGACGGAAUAUCGAACGUUUCAACUUCAUAGCAUUUAGAGCACAAAUAGGGGAAUGCAUGCAAAGAGUAUUGUGAACAUACUCCGAAUUUGACAAUGCAUGGAGUACAAACACUGGAAUGUAGAUAGAUUUAUAUGUUCUACUGUACCUAAACAUAAGGAAAUAAACUACAUAGUUAUUGGUGAA